AUGAGCGACGCUCCACCCGGUCUUUCGGUCCCAGCCCUCUGUGGUGGACAUGUGCCAACCCCUGAACUGCUUCUCAGUCUGCCUCGUCUGCCUUCCGAGAGCCCCGCCAAAUGGGCUCCCCAGCCCACAACAAACGAGAACUCUGGGGAGGCAAAUCCUGGAUAUCGCGGAGACGGUGGCGCAGUGACCGCUCAAGAGAGCGAAGCAGGCGACAGAACGACGGCGAUGCUGCCGACGACGACGACGACGAACGCGUCACAACAGCCGCUGACUGAACAGACCUUAGACACGCGUUUCCAGCUGGCCAAGGAAUUCUUCGAUAGUCUUUUGAGGGCGAAAAUGGAGGGAUUCGGCGGCACUGGUAUAGGCGGGGGUUCACAAUUUGUGGACCCCCUUGCCUCUUGUAAAGCAAGCUGA